AUGGCCCUCGCAGCGCAGGCGGCCGGGCUCAAUGUCACCCGGCUGGACGGGGACUGGCAGGUUUACUCUGCUAUAAAAUGGAUACAGUUUGUCAUGGCCACUUUAAGUGUUACAGGUUCCAGCUCAAUUAUUGCCUAUGCUGUCUUUCAAAAUGUAGUGAGAUCCCCAGAGGUGCGCCCUCUGUUCUACCUGAGCCUCUCUGACCUGUUUCUGGGCAUGUGCUGGCUCAUUGGGGCUCUUCUCUCUACCACACCAACCACAAAUCAAGAUGUUGUCUGCUAUAAUCUUCAAACAACUGGUCAGAUCUUUUAUGUAGCCUCUUUUCUGUACACUGUCAACUAUACCUGGCAUCUGUACGUGGAUUUAAAGGUGAAAUACAAUCAGAACCUGUACAGCAUGUCCCCUCUGGUUUUAGAUCAUGCAAAUCGCAUUGGCCGAAUAGCAACAAUUUUGUCCAGCGUCAUCCCUUUCUUAUUAAUGGUUCCUGUGUUUUGUCUGGGCAACAGCAAUGAUUGCUACCAGAACUUCAGCCAGAACAACGGGUGUCUCCUGAUGCACACAGAAACGGCCAUGCUCACUGGCCAACUGCAAGCCCAUGGUGUCUCUGUUUGUUCUGUGAUAUAUUUCUAUGGAGUUGGAGUCUUCCUGGUCUCCUUCCUGAUCAGCUUCAUAGCCAUUAUGGUUCUUCUCAUCCAAGCCCGAGCUUUGUACAAAAGGUUCAUAAACUCAACAGGAUUCCUGGGUGAUCAACAGUGGGCAAUGAUAAAGAUAGUGGAACAACAAGUGGUUUUCUACCCUAUCGCUUUCUUCUGUUGUUGGGGCCCAGCCGUCCUCCUCGGAAUAGUGAAGUUGACUGUUUCAGUGAACAGCAGAAUCUGCAUGGCUCUUUAUAUUCUACAGGCUCUAACAGCAGCUUCCCAGGGGCUCCUAAACUGCAUCGUUUAUGGGUGGACCCAGCACAUGUUCCGCUGCAUGAAACGCAAUGCUUGCCGUGACAUCGACACGCAGACACCUCUCUUACGUUCCCAGAAGAAGUACUAUGCCAGCACGUUCCCCACCAGCACCCAGGCAGCAGCUGUAGCUACAUCCACGGUGUUGUGA